AUUCACUCUUUCCCAGGGAGAGGCCGGGCAGGUCUGGCAGGCUUGGACCGAGGCGUCUGGCAUGUCUGGGAAAGGAGGAAAGAGCUCCGGUCAGGAGCUGAAGCAGGAGCCCAAGCCGGAGCCGGAACCCCAGACAAAUCCCUACGCAGGCACCCUGAAGCGACUCCGGGAUGCCUUCGACUCUGGAAGAACCCGUCCAGCCGAGUUCCGAGUUACCCAGCUCCGGGCACUGAGCUGCUUCCUGAAGGAAAACCGCAAGUUGAUCUUGGAAAGCCUGAAGAAGGACAUGGGCAAGCCAGCUGUGGAGGCAGAUGUAUCGGAGAUUGUCUUGUGCGAGAGUGAAAUCAAGCUUGCUCUGAACAACCUCCACACCUGGAUGAAGGAUGAGAAGGUGGAGAAGAACUUGGCCUCCCAACUGGACUCAGCUUUCAUCAGGAAGGAGCCCUAUGGCGUGACCCUUAUCAUUGCCCCAUGGAAUUAUCCUUUGAACCUCUUGCUGGUGCCUUUGGUGGGGGCCAUCGCUGCAGGAAAUUGUGUGAUUCUGAAGCCCUCUGAGAUAAGCGAGAACAUGGAGAAGGUCAUUGCCAAGGUGCUGCCCCGCUACCUGGACCAGCACUGCUUCGCCACGGUAGUGGGGGGGCCCCCAGGAGGCCACGGCGCUGCUCCAGAACAAGUUCGACUACAUCUUCUUCACAGGGAGCUCGAAGGUGGGCCGGGCCGUCAUGGCGGCUGCCUCCAAGCACGUGACCCCCAUCACGCUAGAGCUGGGCGGGAAGAACCCCUGCUACGUGGACGACGACUGCGACCCCCAGAACGUGGCCAACCGCGUGGCCUAGUUCCGUUUCUUCAACGCGGGGCAGACGUGCGUGGCCCCCGACUACGUGCUGUGCAGCCGGGAGACGCAGGAGAAGCUGCUGCCGGCCCUGCAGCGCGCCGUGACCCAGUUCUACGGGGCGGACCCCCAGCGCUCCCCCCACCUGGCCCGCAUCAUCAACGACAAGCACUUCCGGCGGCUCCGGGGGCUGCUGGCCAGCGGCCAAGUGGCCAUCGGCGGCCAGUGGGACGAGCGGGAGCGCUACAUCGCCCCCACCGUGCUGGUGGGGGUCCAGGAGACGGACCCGGUGAUGCAGGAGGAGAUCUUUGGGCCCAUCUUGCCCAUCCUGACCGUGCAGAGCCUGGACGAGGCCGUGGCCUUCCUCAACAAGAGGGAGAAGCCCCUGGCCCUGUAUGCCUUCUCCAACAAAGCCCAGGUGGUGAAUGAGGUUCUAGAGCGGACUCACAGCGGCAGCUUCGGGGGGAACGACGGCUUCAUGUUCAUGACGCUGAUGACGCUGCCUUUCGGGGGAGUCGAUCUGAGGCCUAGACAAGCUUUCUGGAGAUCAUCCCUAACCACUCCUUCCCAGGAUACCAGAAUGAAGAAAAUGCCAAGACCCGCCUAAGGUGGCUUCGGUGGGAGGAGCCCUGGGGAGUGGCUGCCUCUGCCUUCCAAUCCCGGCUCCCCCACUGAUGGGUGACGAGAGCCUCUUUGGUACCUCGGUUUCCCCGCUUGUAAAUGAGGUCGCCGGAUGCCGGUCUCUGGCGGCUCUGCCCUCUUCCUCUUUCCCGCCCCUCCGCGGUGCCCCUCUGCGUCCCACCUCCCCAGGGCCCUCCCCGCUUCAGCCACUCUGUUCUAAGGCCUGGGAUGCAGGUCCAUCCCGGCUCCGACUCGUCUUCUGGGUCUCGAGCUCCCUUGUGCCUCGGAUCUCCUGGGCUCGGCGGGGCCGAAGGUGCCUCCAUCUCGGACCCUUUCGGGGCCCGGGCCGGGGCGGGGAGCCGGCUGGGGUCUCCCGGACGCCCGCUCAGCCGUGUCCCCGGCCCCUGUUGCAGGUCUCAGUGGGAUGGGCCACUACCACGGCAAGUUCACCUUUGACACCUUCUCCCAGCGGCGCGGCUGCCUCCUCCGGAGCCCCCGCCUGGAGAUGAUCAACCGCUUCCGCUACCCCCCCUUACUCCGAGGGUCACCAGAGGCUCUUGGUGUGGCUCCUGGACCACAAGCUGGCUUCCCCUGCUCCAUCCUGUGAGCCCCUCCGGCGCCCUCGGGGUUCCCUGCCCUGCGGGCUUGUGAGCUCCCACGUCCUGCCUGACCCCACCACGGUCACCUCCUGGGCCUCAGGCCUGCCCACCCUUCCCGGGAAGAAGAGGUUCCUCUCCCAGGAUGGCCAGAUGGCAGGUCUAGCCCUGGAGAGGAACUUGGGGCUGGUCGAGGUCAACGUUCUCAUUUCAUGGAGGACGCAUAUGAGGCUGAGAAAGGCAGUGACCCCCCCAGAACACCCAGGUAUUAAAGGGCUGACACAGAAUUCAAA